AUGGCAGAAAUCCGAACCAUGGACACCAUCCCUCGCCGCUUCAUCCAAAAAUGGCGCGCCAACCCCAGAGCCCACUGGAUCACAGACGAAAAGCUGCUUACGUACAUCAACACGCGCAAGGAAUCCUGCCGCUCUGUUGAGCUAUUCGAAGAGCUCGAGAACGCCGAGUGGGCUCAACGCAUGCGUGCCAAGUACGGUCCCCGAGCUGCUGCUGCCGGCCUCGCAGAUGACCUGCAAGCCGCGACAUCCUACAAUGGCUUCACCACACCGGAGAACUAUCGCGGAUUCCUCCAAAUUCUGCAGGAGCUUCUCGACGGACCCUACAUCAACACAAACGACAUGGUCAAGUUCGCCGACUUCGCGCGCGAGUGGAUCGAGCGGGUCUUGCGCUACGUUCUCAAGGUGAAGGAGGGUCGGAUCGUCGUGGAGCAUGAUUCGGAGGAUGUUUACUUGAUGGAGGAGGGAGGCAAAGACAUUGAGGACUUGAUUUAG